AGUUUUUUUUUUCAUUGAGGGGGCCGAAGAUGCAACCCCGACCUCGACCCGCCCAAACCAAAAAAGUGCACACUACAGUCCAAGUCUGGGUCAAAAUUCAAAAAGUUUCAUAUUCGAUGUUUUCAGUAGUUGCUGCCAAACAAUUCCGCGUUGAUAGGUUCAAUGAGAGGGAAUUGUCCUGCUUUAUUCUUACUGUAGAUAUGAUUGCUGCUCACUCGCAGCCACAACACUCAAAUUUGCCGUUUGCAGAUAUUUUGGCCUAGUAGUUAAAACAACAGAUGUAUGGCAGUCAUUCGUCACAAUUUGUUGAAACGUUUUCGAAUGCUUCCAUCAGACAUGUUUUGCAAUUGAAUAUUCUUCUGCACAUGAAACGACAGUCACGCCCCUCAUUUUUGACUCAUACGGUGUCGCUGGUCAAAUCACUCUCCUCAUUUUUUCUCAUCUCUUUUAUUCUUUCCUAUCUUUUUUUGUUGGCACUUCAGAUAUGAUUUUGCUUCGGGAUUCUGAGCGUGCUGACCUCGAGCAGAUGCAUGGUCUUAUCAAGCGCAAGAUUCGCUAUCAGGUGUCACUCAACUCUCAUGAUCCGGCCAUAAAUAGGAAGCUCGAGGCUUACCGUUCGUUUCUUGUCAGAAUAAUGCACAUUCUGCGUUUGGAGACAUGCCUGCUGCAUCAAUCGGCAAGCCGCAAAAUGAUCCGCGCCGAAAUUCGUCAACUCCGCGAGCAAGAAAAAUGCCUUAUCGAAAUUGUUGCCGACCGUCCACCACCACCUCCGCGCAAUCAUUUGCUCCGUCGCUUCAUUCGUAUUUUCACUACAUGCUUCCAGUAGAAUAAAGUUGUUUUUUUACUCAAAA